GUGACCUCGGAAUGGCAGCGCCCAUGGAUGGUGGCGUAAAAGCGGAGUUCCCGUGGAGUAGGCAGCGGGUAUUGGAUCUGAUCCGGCUGUAUGAGGCGGAGGAGGUGUUGUGGAAUGGCCGGUGCCGGGACUACCACAACAAGGCCAUGCGACAGGCUGCGCUCGAUCGCCUCAGCGCCAAACUGGCUGUGCCCGUGAACGAGGUGAACAAGAAGCUGAUGAACCUGCGGACUUACUACAGCAAGGAGCUGGCGAAGGUCAAGCGGUCUCGGGUGCGCCCGGGGGCGGGAGGGCAGGUGUACCGCUCACAGUGGCCCUUUUUUCAUCACAUGGACCUCUUCCUCAGCUCGCAGGUCGUCCCUCGUAAGACCGCCGUGCAGGAGCCGUGUGAGGAGAAUGGGGGAGCAGAAGGGAACCUCGAAGGAGGAGAAGUGCGCCUCAGCAGUGAAGACCUUGACCCCACAGUCGCAGGGGGCACCUCCAGUCUAGGGGCAGGGGCAGCGCCACGCCGCAGGGCGCCCGAGACCCUGCACCGCGCACACAGCAAGCGCAACAGAGAGGACCUGCUGCUGCAGGAGGCCGCGCGGGCCUACAGGACCGCGGCCGCUGCUGGCCUGCCGCCCGCCCCGCUGCCCCCACGCCCCGACGACGAGGACGACAUCUUCGGCAAGCACGUGGCCAAUGAGCUGCGACUGGUGGGCAACCUGCGGGCCAAGCAGUUCGCCAAGCUGCAGAUCCAGAACAUUCUGUUCGAGGCCCAGUUCGGCCUGUCCCAGCCACCCCACUUCGGACACGGGUUCGAGUCGCAGGCCCCUGCCCCUGCUGCUGCCUCCCUGUCGUCCCCUGAGGGCCUCUCUGAUUCCGACUGCCAUCUUGACCACCCCCAUCAGUCCCCUCACAGAGACAGGACCCCUUUCUCUCGCAAGGCUGGCGCUUACUACAAGAGUGAGCCCUCAGAGUGAGAGACCACCCCCUUCCAAGACUUUUGCCAAAGGAAGGGUUGUAGACCACUGAACAGACCACCAGCCAGACAGACCUACCUCAUGAGCUUGCUGAUAUACUGACUGACUGGCUGCUGAAGCAAUAGUGGGCUUUCUACCUUUAGGCCACAGUCAGCUGUCUGGACACAUUCCUCAGGCCUGUUCUUUUUUCUGAUACUUCUUAUUUUUUUUAUUCUUGUGACUGAUUCAAGGAUCUUUGUGGGUAAGGUUCUUACUAGUGGUCCUGUUGUGCUAACAGGAUCCUAUCCAGAUCAGCUUAUGUAGAGAUCCAGACCUGUGCAGAUCAUUAGAUGGUAUUAAAAGGAUGUUGAGGUGCCCUCAGUGUGCUCAGCCCUGCCUCAAAUUCCAGUCCCUUUUUCAGCCAGGAUCACAGUGUAAUCCAUCUUUUUUCAGAAUUGUGAGACCUUCAGUGUCAUAUGGUCUCAAAUGAAAACAAAUACUAUAUGAAAUUAGGCUGCAGAAUGCUGGUUUAAAACGUACAGACAACACGAUCAACUGCCAAUAACUCCAGUAAAAUAAAUUGGAGAUGGACUUGUUCUUAGUGGGCCCAGCACAGCCAUGUCUAGGGCACCCUUUUUAAAAUUAUUUAAUAGAAUGUUUAGAUUUUCUUAUAAGGAUAUUUUCCUGCAGAGGUGAUUGAUUUAGAGCAAAUGUCUGUGAGUGUUGUUAAAUCAUACAUUUAAAUUCUUAAGGCUUAUCUGUUACAUUGAAAUGCAAGUAUGAAAGUCUGUUAUUGAAAAGGGAGAAGGAACUUAAUGUCUGAUGACAAACCUUGACAUUCAGGGCCUGUAAGUCUACUGACUUUCAGAAGUGUGGGAUCACUGUCGUGUCUGUACAAUAAUCUUUUCCAUUUUGAUGUUCUUCACUGUAUUCUCUGUGAAAAAGAGCUGAAAGAAAUUCAGCCACAUCUGAAAAACUCAUCAACCUUUGUCAAAGAGUCUGUUUGCUUAUUUUUCACCUAAAUGUACCUCUCACCUCGCACAGUUUGUGCUGCUAACAGCAUCAUUAUACAAUAAUGAGCUUUUGAGUUUUGGUCUUCUAAAGUCCACCUUUCAGAGUAUCUUUCUGAAACUUGUCUAGUUGGUACAGUGUUUUUGUCUGCAAAAAUGUUGUAUUAUAUAUAUAAUAAUACACAUGCAUAUUAGAUCAUAUGGAUUGUUAUUAUUUACCAAUAUAAUAAUAAUCAGAUCUAUUACCAGAAGUUAGAAAACUUUUGGUAAUAUAUUCGUUCCCACCUUCCUUUUACCGGAUCCAAUAGUUUGCUCUUUAAACCUUCAGAUCUGUUCCUAUCCCUGAUGACAUAUGAAUACACAUGUAAGGAUAGUAUAAUGGGAUAAAAAUUGAAAUGGCAUGCUGUAAUUGUAAUUGUAAUAGCAUUGCACAAAAGUUAUAUUUAUCAUAUUGAAGUUGUUCAGAAAACAUGCUUUGUAAGUCCUCUUGUGGCAGGGAUUACUCUGAACAGACUCUUCCCAUGGUGUGUUCUGAGGUUCUGGCACAUCUGAAGGGAGUUUAAUGUCCAUUACUGCAGCUAAAACGGGGGUGAUCUACUGGAGUCGGGUUACAAUUCAGGCUCGUCAAUUAUCUGAGAAUUUUUUGCCUUAACUAGGUAAAAUUAAGAUCCUUGAAGGAUUUGCACUCUUUUGAAUUUGGGUUGGUCGCCACUGGCUUAUUGUUUCACUGUGGAUAAGUUAUACAUAUGGAAUGUAAAUGUUUUUAUUGGUUAUUUGGCAAGAUUUUAUUUUGAAGAAUGUAGUUAUACCCAUAAUCCCAGGCCCAAUUUGAAGCAGAAACCAGAUGAGAUCUACUCUGUAACCAAGCAAACUAGUCCUGGUUCCUGUGGCUUAUCUCUUCUGGUUUUUCAACCAAUUCAUUUUUUAAUUGAACUUCAAAUUUGUCAAGUCAGAUAUGUGUAACUUUUUUAUGCUUAUGAUUUUUAUUUUAGAUGUGAGGACGUUGUGGGUUUAUUGAGUUUGCACAAGACUGGCAGUUCUUUGAUAGAGCACAUUGCUAUGGGUCCUGUCCUGAUGGCCCUACAGACUGCCGUGUUAUUUUACUCAAAUUAACUAUAUUUUGAAUUGAACCAAUUAAACUUUUUUGAGGACUUA